CUGAGAAAUUGAGCGAAGUCAAGGAGAACAAUCGACGUUUGUCGGAAUAAGAAGCAUCUCCAUGGGCACUCGAUUUCGACUCCUACUUAUAUUCGCAGGUGAUUGUAGUACGCAAAAAAAUUUGAUGUGUGUCGAUCAAGGAUUUUCGUUUUAGAUUAUUCGAGUAGGUGAUUUUUGUAAACUGAAAUUACGUCGAACAAAUCAAUGAUUAUUAGGAAGUAGGAGGAAUUUUUAGUGACGAGAUUCACCAGGCGAAAUGUCCUACAAGGGGAGUCUUGGGUAGGCAGUCUGAGCGAGACUAGCCUUUCCCAUCGAGUUGCAAAGACUUCGUUGCAGUGUGGAGACUGCAUAGGAAGCAGGACAGCUGUGCGCCGCACGCACGAGCCACCAUUUUGGGCUUGUGUCGUUUGCAUAAGCAAGUUUGAUACAAGGUCUCGUCUCGCCUUCGCGAGCACUCAAACCGAACACGGUUUGAUUACAAACGCGCCGACUUCAAAUCCACCUCCAGUUAUUUUACUACUUGGUUCAUCUUCUACUUAGCGCUGGAAUCGAUUGCAGAAAACAAACGAAAGGAAAAGCCUGUGAAGAUGCAGAUUCAACAGCACAGCACUGAGCCGCGGGCCGUCGUGGAACGGCAGAAAUACCGCGAUGAAGAUAAGCACCAAUCAACGAAUAUCAUGUAUGACAAGAGGGUCGUCAGAGGUAAUUUUUUUCUUAGACUUAGUCGCUGGAGCGCCGUGUCCUGGUCGGUUGUAUCCAUAUUUUUUAUCUGAUGAUGAAGAUAUUGUUAGUAUUACGAUCACUUUUGCGGUAGAUGUAGCUUUUGCAGACAUCAAAAGAAUUUCCUUUCCCAUUUCGUCGUGGUAUUUGCGAUCCCUGUUGAAAGCAUCUAUUUUCCAAUCGCAAUGGCAGGUAACACCUAUGCCGCACUUGUCGUACCUGAAGACGACCCGAGGGAACUUGCUAGCCAACGAGCCGCCCAGCGAAGAAGGCUGAAAGCCGCAAAUCGGGGAAUGCAGAGGGUACACUAUAGCUACAUAGCAAUAUCUUUUUACGGGACCAUUGUCGUCGCAGUACUAGAAGUGCAUGAUGACGAUGAAGCUCACCAUAUUUAUGUAUGAGUAUUUGUUCAUCUCCUGUCAUGUCUGAAGGUUCUUCUUAUCACCAGAAUAUGCAUAACUACUACGCCUGGUAGUUUUAAUUGUUGUCAACAUCUACAUCAACCACUGAGCUCUUUGACACCAAACAACAGCCUGGGACACCAGAAGCCGUUCCAGGACGACAUCAUAUGGACGUGCAGACGGAUCCGUAUCUUGAAGAGCUGACGCAGCGCGCUACAGAGUUUGAAGCGGAGACGCAGACAGAUUUUCUCCUAGAUAGGCCAAGCACGCCACUCUACGUUCCAGAAAAGGUGAGAUCUUCAAACAGUCGUUGUGAUGCUUCCAAGGAAUGAACCAACUGCAACUUUCUUAGCUAGAUCUAUGAAGUUACUACAUCAUCAUGUGCAUAUUAUAUGAACUAAAGCAGGAGCACUAGGAGGCCCGAGCAUCACUAUCAUAGCUUCGAAUUUCACUGCUACUGACAAACAACAGAGCGGACAGGACGUAUCAACGCAAAUUGAGGAUGGCGAUUUGUUUGAUUUUGACGCAGAAGUUGCGCCGGUUCUCGAGGUGUUGGUCGGAAAGUGUCUGGAGCGAUCUAUGAUCGAGGUUUUGGAGGAGGAGGAGUUGGCGGCAAUGCGAAAGCAUCAGGAAUACUUCCAACAACUACGCGAGCAGGAGCUCAUAGAAGUGCAGAGAAUGGAGGUACAACCUCUAAAGUAUUUUGCGCAGUAUUCAUCACUACUUCUGUCGUGAAAUUAAGUAUAUCAAUCCACGGAAUUUGAUAGUAGUCCAAUUAUACCGUCGUAGCGGUUGUAGCCUACUUGUUUUAGUAAGGCUUGUAAAAAGUUGUAAACGCAUAUACUUCAGGCCGUGGAAAAGCGACGACAAGAGGAAAUUUCGCGAAGGAAAGAGCAAUCAUCAGCGCGAAAACAAUUCGACGAGGCGGUUUUACGCAAGGUACUCAAAACCUGAAUGUCCUGUACUUCGUGCUCGGCUACAAUUUACAAUCAGCUCAACAUUUUGGAUGAGGACCUAUACCAGCUUCUUAUAGUAUACAACUAUACAACUUACAUUAACGACUCCUUCUUUCUUUAAUAUUCUCCACAACUUCAGAUUCUAUCGCGGAAUGUGGCUCGAAGCUAUUUGUCUGGACUGCAAAACCGAUGUUUCGAGGAGUUGUUCGAUGCAGGAAUUUUCCACGACUCAAAUCUCAUUGCAGUCGAAGGCAUGUUUAUGCCAUGGCUCCUCGACACGGUCAAGGACCGCGUUUCGAAGCUCAAGGAACACAAAACGGUGUGAUAUAUUUUUGGUGAUAGAUAGUAGUUACUCUGGCUCAACCAAUACAAGAUUUUGCACUCAUCCGUGGCACGACAAUAGCCUGAUUCUUGAUCAUUUGCUUUUGCCUUGAUUGGCGGACAUCUGGUGUGUAGCACGAAAGUCACAAGUUUGCAUAAUUCCAAUUGAUUCGCUGUCGUGAUGAUUUAUCUUGCAAGUCGAAAUCAUGAAAAGUUUCUACCUGUACCUCCAGGCCGUCGAAGCAGCAAUGGCGGACAUGGUAGAGGCAAAGCACCUGAAGCACGAACGAGUGUUGGCCAUGUGCGAGGGUCGAAUCGAGGAGCUCGAGGCAGCGGAGAAGCGAGUCCGAGCAGAACGCGACGAAGAGAAGAAAAUCGCAAAGAUGGAAGAAGCUCGUAUUGCAGCAGAGGAGCAGGCAUUCAUCGACGCAGAGGCAGAGGAUUUCAUCAAGGAGGUAGUUGAUCAUUGAUUCUCCCUGAACGAAGCUUGUUUUUUCGCUUUCGAUGAAAAUGUCUUUGUCUUCAUUGGGUUACACGAGAAACCAUUCAUUUUUGUACUCCUACUUCGUCUACUCACACGACCCACAGUUCACAUGCGUGGAGUACAACGAGGAGGAGGCAGUACUGACACUGGAUGACGAGUCCACUGACACGGCUAUCCCAGCCGAGCUGCUGGAGGAGCUCCAAGCAAGAAUAGCUGGCAACGCCGAAAAAGAAGAACCAGUUCCGAUCAUUCUGAAGGUGAACAAGACCCAGAAGACCGUCCUUGAGAUCAUCCCAGAACCAGUGGUCGAGGAACCACCGGCGGAGGAAGAGGGUGAGGCUCCCGCAGAGGAGUAA